UACUUCAAAAAAAUCUACUCCGUUAUUAGUUACUUAUUACCGACAUCAAAAACAAACAUCACCUUUCUCUAUAUCUAAUCCCUUUCUUCCUCUGCACUUCAGAUCACAGCAGAAUGGGACAAGAAUCAGAUCACAAAACCCAGUUGGUGUUGGAGGUUUGCUCCAUUUCCACACGUUCAGUUUCCUGUGUUCAUACUCUUCUCUCAAACCCUUCCAAGCCACCUUUCAUAGAUUGGUAUUGCAUUCUUGGAGUGGAAGAAAAUGCAGGCUUGGUCACCAUUCGCCAGCAAUACCAUAAACUUGCUCUGCAACUUCAUCCGGACAAGAACAAACAUCCAAAGGCUGAAAUUGCUUUCAAACUUAUAUCUGAGGCAUAUAUGUGUCUGUCUGAUGCUGCAAAAAGGAAAGCUUUUGACUCAAAAAGAUCUAAAAAUUUCUGCUUUGAGUGCAAUAGAAUUCCAUAUACAUCCAAAAAAGUCCCUGUCCCUGGCACUGGCAGUUCCAAUGGGUCAUGUUUGAAGACACGGAAUAUGAGUGGUGGAUCAAGAUCUUACAAAGUUUGGAGAAACAUUAAAGAGAUGAGGGAAAUGCUGAAGGAGGAGGCUAAGGUUAUUGAGAACUGUCUGCGAGCAAAUUUGAUGUCAAAGAAAGAAUCUCCAUUGUACGAUCCUGCAGAUUACAGAGAUGGAAGCAGAUUCAUGAACAAAGUUGAGAGAGAAGUUCCUGUUUUCAAUCCGAUGAAAUACUUGUACCAAGGAUAUCCUCAUCUGAGAGACCAUGUUCAUCAGAAUUGCGAGACAUGUUGGUACUUUGAUACACAAAAUCUUGUGCACAAUGAGAAGAGAGAAGCUAAGUAUGGCUCCCCAGUAUUUGAGGUCAGAUCACAGAGUAAAUUUGGUUAUGACCCAUCAUGAUUCUUAGUUGAAUUCUCUAUUAGUUGUUUUGUAUUAGAAAAAUUAUUGUUUUUACUCAAAAUUUAAUAUUCAGAAUAUCAUUAUCUUUGUAUUAUUAUUUUGCUGUGUUUUCGACACUCAAAAUCUAAGUAAAAAAUCUGUAC